AUGGGUGAGAUAGUCAACGAAGAAUACGGCCUCGACGCCAUCGAUCUUCACCAACAUGUCAUCAUUAUUGGCGCUGGCAUAGUCGGUGUCAAUCUCGCUGAUGAGCUGGUCUCGCGAGGAUGGACAAACAUUACAGUCGUCGAGCAAGGCCCUCUCAAUCUCCCCGGCGGCUCGACGUCGCAUGCGCCCGGCCUCGUUUUCCAGACGAAUGCUUCUAAGGCGAUGACCCUCUUCGCCAAGUAUACAGUUGAGAAGCUAUUGUCCGUCCAGAAAGAUGGGCAAUCGUGCUUCAACCAAGUCGGCGGACUCGAAAUAGCCACGACGACGGAGCGCAUGGAAGAGCUCAAGCGCAAGCAUGGCUAUGCAUCUUCAUGGGGUGUCGACGCCUCCCUUAUAUCUCGUGAGGAGUGCCUUGAGCGGUAUCCGCAUCUGAACAAAGACAAUGAUAUGGUUUUGGGUGGCCUGCACAUUCCCUCCGAUGGACUAGCUUUAGCGGCACGAGCGGUCGACCUUCUCAUCGAACGAACAGCAGCCGCCGGCGUCAAGUACCUGGGCAUGACCACUGUCACCGACAUCAUCAAGACUAACGGCCGUGCAACAGGAGUAAAGAUCAAGCCCAGCAAACCCGAAGGCGAGGAGACGACUCUCGAGUCCAACAUCAUCAUCUCGUGUGCAGGAUUCUGGGGUGUGGAGCUGGGUCAGAUGGCAAACACGCCGAUUCCCUUGCUCCCCUUGGCGCAUCAAUACGUCAAGACCACAGUCUGUCCCGUUCUUGCGGAGAAGAACCCCCAGACUUCAAGCAGCGACUCCCUUCCAAUCCUGCGUUAUCAGGAUCAAGACCUUUACUAUCGCGAGCACGGCGACUGUUACGGAAUUGGCUACUAUGGACAUAAGCCAAUGCCAGUAACUGCCUCCACUCUUCCACACGCAACAGAAGACUGCAACCACCAGAACAUGCCAUCGCGGUUAGCAUUCACACUGGAAGACUUUGAGCCAGCCUGGAACUACAGCAAAGAAUUUCUCCCCUGCCUCAAAGACACCGAGAUUGCCGACGGCUUCAACGGAAUCUUCAGCUUCACCCCCGAUGGCGGUCCCAUCCUCGGCCAGAGUCCACAGCUUGAAGGCUUCUGGGUUGCUGAAGCAGUCUGGGUUACUCAUUCCGCAGGAGUAGCUCGCGCGAUGGCAGAAGUGCUCACAACCGGGGUCUCAACUGUCGACCUUGGCGAAUGCCUCCCCAGCAGGUUCGAGGACGUCCAGCUUGCACCAAGCUAUGUGAAAGAGACCUCCGAGCAGAACUUCAACGAGGUCUACGAUAUAUUGCACCCGCUGCAGCCUCGUGAGCGCCCAUCUGUCCGAAACCUGCGCACUUCGCCGUUCUUCCCACGCCAGAAAGAGCUUGGAGCUAUGUUUCUGGAAGCAGGUGCUUGGGAGCGGCCGAUGUACUUUGAGUCAAAUCGAUACUGGCUACCGCUUUUGCCGGAGAAGUAUAAGCCUCCUGUCAGGGAUGCAUGGAGCUCGAGAUACUAUAGCGAGGUCUCUGCAGUGGAGGCAUGGAGGACAAGAGAGUCCGUGGCAAUGUACGACAUGACGCCGCUGAGAAGGCUGGAAGUCACUGGCCCUGGAGCCGUCGAGCUGCUUCAGAGCCUGUGCACUGGUGAAGUCGGACGGAAACCGGGUGCUGUGACGUACACCUUGAUGUGCAAUAGCGCCGGUGGCGUGAGGAGCGAUAUCACCGUGGCCAGGGUGGAGCAAGAAUUGUUCCAAGUCGGCGUCAACGGACCAACAGAUACAGCAUAUGUCCUGGGUGAAGCAAAGAAGCAGAGGAAGAAGGACCCCAGCAAGUGGGUCGAUGUGAGAGACAUCACUGGACACACAUGCUGCAUUGGUCUGUGGGGACCGAGGGCAAGAGACGUUGUGACGAAGGUCAGCUUGAAUGAUUGGUCAAACAAGGCCAUGGGAUAUUUCCGAGUUAAGAAGAUGCGUAUCGGAGGCAUAUCCGUCACCGCCAUGCGAGUCAGCUACGUUGGCGAGCUUGGUUGGGAACUAUACACCAGUGCGGACACUGGCCUGAAGCUCUGGGACCUGCUCUGGACCGCCGGACAAGAAUUCGGGAUCAUCGCCGGCGGCCGUGGAGCUUUCAACUCUUUGAGGCUGGAGAAGGGAUACCGCGCUUGGGGCACCGACAUGACGACCGAGCAUGACCCCUACGAGGCUGGAGUUGGGUUUGCCAUCAAGAAGGGCAAGACUGGAUAUGUUGGAGCUUCAGCACUCGAAGGCAGAUCUGCAGAGACUGCGAGCAAGAAGCUGCGAUGCUUGACGAUUGAUGACAAGUCUGUGGUGAUGGGCAAGGAGCCUGUGUUUGUUGAUGGCAAACCAGCUGGUUACGUUACCAGCGCGGCGUACGGCUUCACGAUUGAGAAGUCCAUUGCAUAUGCGUGGCUACCCAGCUCGGCGGAGGAAGAAAGUGCUGUCGAGAUUGAGUACUUUGGGCAGAGAUUACCGGCGACUGUCUCUGCUGAGCCGCUGUAUGAUCCUGAGAGCAAACGAGUGCGUGGGUCGUAG